CCGUAUUUGGAGGAUGUACGAAACAUAGCAAUGGUGCAGCCUCCAGGCAGCAUGCUGGCGGCGGCAGUGACAGACUUUCUUCGCACUGUGCAGGCGCCUCAACCCCUUGUUGUCGCCAGGGCUUCUUUUCACACCGAUACAUUCCUCUCCUUGUUGCGGGCCUCCGGCCUUCGACCCUCGAAGGUGCUGCGUUACUACCACACUACCAACAUGAGUGGACUGGCGUGGCGUGUACAGAGUCAUCUGUUGCUGGCACCCUCCCCUGUGGUCUUGCUGGGGGAUGCAGAAAGCUGGCACCUAGUAGAAGCCACAGAUCACCUCAUCUCUGCAGUGUGGAUUCUUCCAUAUCCAACACAAUUGUGUGAUCGUAUGCAAACAAAACAGUCAGAAUUACUCACCUUUAUGUAUCGUGCUCAUGAUGAUGUCCCGGGCAUGUUUUUGCAAAAGCAGCCGAUGUUGUCACCUUUAGAGUCUUUAGUAAAUGCCUCCCAUUGGUUAUUAAGUGGCGGAAAGCGGUGGUGGAAAGGAUCAUAUGUUGUUGCAGCUAAUGUAGCAGUAAAUUCUGUGUCUGCAGGAAUACGGUUGCUUGGUAUUUCACAAGGCUGGCUGCCCCUACUUCAGUACGACAUUAAUUCUAGGGGCAUGUUAAGGCGUCUUUAUCAAGAGUUGUUGGUGACUAAGGAUCUGCUUAAGCCUUUGUUGUCAGGAGAUGACUGUAGCUUGGUCAUUCGUUAUCAAGAAGAACUAACCGGCGCGAGGAAGGUGAACGAAAUGGUUGUCCAUUCCUCUCUACCAACUCUACUGGUGCCGGCUGAGCGAGGAGCCCAGUUGCAUGUUGACUGCCAACGUCAGCAUGCAGACCUGCGUUGUUCCGCCCCUGGGGGUGUCUGGGCGCCUGUAACGUGUCAUGGCUCCCUUCAAGGGCGCCACAAUUUCAUGCGGGAAUGUGGAAAAGAAGUAGGAAUCAGUGUUGCUGCUUCCCGAGGGUGCACGGGGGCCCAGGGCUUGGUGUGCCGCGGCGGCCGGUCAUUGGGUUGUCUCCUGUCAGGUUUAUGCACGUCCCUCUCCGUUCGAUCAACUCCCAUCUAUCACUGUGCUGGCCUCAACCUGGAUACACUCAACGUUGAGUUUUGAUGAUGCACUGAAGUUAUCAUAAGUGGGAAUCGGUGAUAUUUGUAUGGAACAUACAAAAAUUACAGAUGGGACCUUAUAUAAUCCUCAAUGACAAUGAUGUAUCUUCGAUUGUUUCAUGCACUGCAUGAGAAAAUGUUAUGUAUUAUAACUUUAUUCAUAUCUUCAGUCUAGUAUGCUAUUUCCUGUUGACUGAUUUGUUAGGUGUUAAAUUGAAACUCUUAGUCCACCAAAAUCAUUUUCACCGUGGCUCAAAUCUGAUAUACAAGCAUAUGAUGCUUACGGAUGACAUUGAUAUGUACUACAUUUAUCCUGAAAGAAAAAAAGACUUGCA